AUGGUGCUUGGUAUCGCCAUGAUGGCGGCCAUGCUGCCGACCAUGAUCGGCCUCAAUGAAGCGACCCAAGGUGCCCGGGAUCAGGACGAGAAUCGACGCAAUACGAACCGCAAGCAACGUUGCCACCUUGUGGCUACCUGUUCCCUAGAUCAAGGCACACCAGAGCUCCGGAGCCAAGUACACAAUGCCCAAAUUCAAGUGGGUCUGGACAGAAAAUUGUAUAUAACCAAACAACCCAGUAGCACCAUGGUGCCUUUUAAUGGCGGCUUCUUUACUCACCCAGACUUCAAGCCAGAUAAUACAUCUGGCUUGGUGACGGUGACUGGUGAAGAAACACCCACACUGCGCUGGGUGUUUCUCGAUGCGAAGACACACGAGAUGCGCUGGGGUGGCCGCCCGGAUACUGAGGGGCACAUAUGUGGGCCUUUUGAUUGGACUAAAGAUGAGCAGUAUGUGACGCUCGAGGGCUGGGAGGGGUUUCUGGCAGUACAGCUAGAACAGGAUGAUACCCGGGAGCAAGUGAAUUCGCAGCUGGGGAUCGUCGAUGGGCGCGAGGUUUGGCGAUUGUACUUCGAUCAUAAUGAUGAUGGGGCUGAUCUUCCUCCGAAAGCGAAGGGCUUGGAGAUUCGAUUAAAGCGGGCUAUGGCGGGGUCUUGA